GACAGCAGUGAGUGUGCAUGCAGGGGGGAGGCUGGGCUGGACAAGGGCCAGGGCAGAAACCUGGCCCCCUGGGGGUGGGUGCUCACCCUGCAUCGAGGCACUGGCUGCAAGCGCAUGGGCAGGGCACACUGCUGCUGGCACCGGGCCUCGCACAGGCCUUGCUGCCUCCCAGCUGCCUCGUUCCCUCUCCUGCCUGUCCCCAGCUCCCUGCAGCUCCUGCAUCCACUGCCCCCUGCCACCAGCUCCCUUCCUCCUUCCCUCCCUCCCAGCCCCACUGAAUUCUUUCUCUCUUCUGCAGGCCAUGGCUGUCACAAACCUCUUACACUGGGUUCUGCAACAGCUCAUCCUGAAUGUGCGUUUCGUCAAUGAUGAGCUGGAUGAAGCCACACGUGACCGCAUGGAGCACCGUGACAAGCAGCUGAGCUGGGCGAUGGCUCAGCUGCUGCAGGAGCUGGAGCACAAGAGCCAGUGGCAGAGGAGCAAGGAGCAAACUCCGGUGGCCUUGAGAGGCCUGCUCUUUGCUGCCUUGCAGCACUGGCAAUUCUGGGCUGUUGCUGGCAUCCUGCUCCUCCUCAUUCUUGGGCUCUGCUGGUGCCUCAGGAGAAGAAGCCAUGAAGAGGACAGCAGCAGUGAAGAGGACAGCUCCAGCAGCAGCAGUAGAGAAGAGGAAGAGUGGGAGGAGGAGAACGAAGAGGAAGAAGUCAGUGAAUAUGCAAAUGACCUGGCAAGGCAUUUUGAGGAGCACAUACAAUGGCCUGAUCAGAACCUGUUCACAGAGUGCGAAUCUGUGAGGAACCUUGUGAAUGCUUUUAUCCUUGUUGCCAGACAAUACUUAUUAGAUAGCUCCUUCCCAGUGCUGGAACCAUGCUUUGGCAUAGGCAGCACACACGAAGGCUGGAGUCCCUAUGAAGAAGACAUCGUCUAUGAAGUGCUUGUGCCCCUGGCCCCCCCACCUGGCCACACCUUUCUCCCGGAGCCCUGCAAUCUGGGGGAGAUGCCAGCGAGGAGCUUCCGCAUCCGCGUGGAGCUGGAGUGUACAUGCAUGAGAGAGCAGCUGGUGGGGGACAUGCUGUGCUUCGUCCACCACGACGAAGAGGAGCUGAGAAGGCAUCAGGGCCCCAGCCUCCUACACACCCUCUGCACCGGCUCCUAUCUAGAUGUGCAGAAAACAGCUUGCAGGAUUCAUCAGCUGGUGAAAGCAUGCUGGGCGGUUAUGCCUCAUUCACACCAGUGGUGUUUAACUAUGCUGCCCUGCAGCCGCUCCUGCAAAUUCAAGGUGGCAAAACCAGAGAAGCAAAUCCUCAUUGAAAUUACGUUGGGCAUGCAGCAAGGCAACUCGCACAUCUUCAUGAGCAGCCAGCCUAGUGAGGCUCUCUUCACCCCAAGCACAACCUGGACACUGAGCUGCGCUGUGGCAGAGGCAACGUUCUUUGAGCUGAUGACCAGGCAGGCCCCAGAUGCCAGCUUCCCCCUCAGAUGCCUGCAGCUCUGUGCCCGCAUUCUGGUGGGCACAGGCUUUUCCACCUAUACCUUGAAGACAGUGGUGAUGCACCUCUUGAACACCAUACCCCUGUCAGGCUGGCACAGGACACAUUUCCUGCUGCGGCUGGAUGACAUCAUGCGGUACCUGUGCCACUGCUUGGAGGAGAAACGCCUCAACCACUUCUUCUUUGGGAAUGAGAAGGUUCCUGAGGAGAUCAUCUUGCCCCCAGCCUUGCAAGGAGCCGAGCCAUUCAACCUCUUCCAGCAUCUGGCACAGGAUCCGGAUGCCCAAGCUGAGGCAAUGAGGGAGUUCAUGGACAUGCAAGACUGCCUCACAAGAAUGCUGACCUAUGGCCACUGA